AUAUAAUUCAGGAUUUGGUCGAAUGAAAAUUUUUGUAGAUUUCCAUAAUGAAAAGUGAUCGUUACUCUAGUGUAUUGUCUAUUGAAAGAUUUUAUUGAGCGCCGAAAACUACAAAAGCGGUACUGUGGUGGUGUGUUUCGCACCUCACAGUUCUUCAGCUCGAUGUGGCUCUAGACUAAUUCACUUUUAAUAUUUGUAUAUCCCAUAGAAGAGCUGUUCGAAGUUGUCUGUGAGGUUAAGUUAGUAUUGUCAUGAAUGCUUGUCGGAAGAAGGGUCGUUUAUCCUUCUUCAUACGAGCUGAAAUCGAACCGAAAAAUCGUUCAGGCGUAAACUCGCUGCAGUAUGAUCCGUGUACAGACAGACUGUUCACUGCUGGUCGGGAUUCCAUUAUCAGGGUUUGGAACACUAAAAGGCAAUCGGAUCCUCUUGUGCAUACCAUGGAACAUCAUGCUGACUGGGUUACAGACAUUGUACUCUGUUGUGGUGGCAAAAAUCUCAUAUCUGCCUCAAAUGAUACGACAGUGAAGGUUUGGAAUGCUACAAAAGGAUUUUGUAUGUCUACUCUGGGUACACACAAAGACUAUGUUCGAGUGCUUGCCUACGCCCAACAUCGUGAGGAAGUUGCUAGUGCUGGUCUAGAUGGCGCAAUAUUUUUGUGGGAUAUAAGAACACUUACAGCACUUACACCAACUAAUAAUACAGUUGAAACUCGUCCACUGACAACAAAUGACGAAAGUACAUAUAGCUUAGCUAUGAAUCCAUCUGGGACAGUCAUAGUAGCUGGUGGUCCUUAUAAAAGAAUAUGGGUAUGGGAUCCUAGAUCACGUAGUAAACCUUUUGACUUACGAAGUCAUACUGAUAGUAUACGUGCACUUGCUGUUCGACCAAAUGGUGAAGAGAUUAUUAGUGGUAGUUCUGAUGGAACAAUUAAAAUAUGGUCACUUGGUAUGCAACGAUGUACAGAUACCAUUCGCACACACAGUGAAAGUGUAUUUACAUUACAGGUGAAUAACAAUUGGUCAACUGUUUAUUCCGCUGGUAAAGAUCGUAAGAUUUGGGCUACUGAUUUGCAUAAUCCUGGUAAUUCUACAUUAAUUGGCGAAGAGACGGAUCCAGUCUUAAAGCUCCUAUUACAUGAAGGUAGAAGCCAGUCAUUUUUAUGGUCUGCAACAUGUAAUACAAAUGUGUCACGUUGGCUUAUUAAACACCAUGCUACUGGAAUGUGUUCUCGACCAAUUGUAGAUCAUGAACAUUAUUCAUAUCAUUGUGAGAAUAAUACUGAUAUAGAUCAUGCUAGUACAGAGAAAUCUAUGCCAAUGUCUAAAUGCUCUGAAUUUGUAUCCAAUCCAAUUCCCGUUUCAUUGCCAUCUAAUGCUAAUAAUAAUAAUAAUAAUAAUAAUAAUAAUAAUAAUAAUAAUAAUAAUAAUAAUAAUAAUAGCAGUAAUGCUCUUUCAGAUGUUUUCAGUCAUGAUCCUGAUCACAGUUCCUUACCUAUGGACAAUAAUAAUGAUAAUAACAAUAAUGAUAAACACAGUUCUUCAUUAUCUUCAAAACCUGAUUUUGUCAUAAAAGGUGGAUCACCAAUUGUACAGUUUCAUAUAUGCCCUGAAAAACGUUUUAUAUUAACAAAAGAUAAUGAAGGUAUAGUAGCUGUAUAUGAUGUUUUAAAAGCAUCAAUGAUUGAAUGUUUAGGUGUUGUAUCAUUUGAAGAAGAAAUUAAGAAACGUGAAAAACUUAUUUAUGUUCCAAAUUGGUUUAUAGUAGAUUUAAAAUGUGGAAUGCCAAUUAUUCAUUUGGAUGAAGGUGAUUGUUUGUCAGCCUACAUAAAUGCUUCUGAUGCUGGUCUAUUAAAUGAAUUCAAUGAUCCCAAUUACUGUUAUGAUACUAAAAUUAAUUACGGCUUUGUAUUACUCAGAUCAUUAUUUACUCGUCGGUUAACUACAUCCUCAAGUAAUACCAAUACUAGUAAUAAUGGAAACAAUAUAGAUAAUGUGCGAAACGAUUUGAAUGCAGAUCAAAUUUUAGAAAUUCCUGGACAUACACCAAUUAUUUUAAGUGAUGGAAGUGGUCGACCACUUGAUCGAUUUUUAGCUCGUGAUGCUUCAUCAUUUAGUGUACGAUUAAGACGUUGUAAUCCAGAACCGAAAUGGAUUAUGGAAGUUGUAGAAUCUUGUAAACUACCUAAACCAGUACGUAUAGCGUUUUGCCUUGUUCCUGGUGUUAUUGAAGUAGACAGUCAAGGUCAACAGCGUGUUGUACCAAUGAAUUCAUUAAAACGAGACUCAUUAGCUGCUAAUGAUGUUUUAUUAAUACGUAAAGUUAUGGAACAUGUAUUUCAACGUUUAUAUAAACUAGCGGAUACAUUAACCAUGAAUGGUACGUUAUCUAGUCCACCAUCACCUAGAUCCACAAGACAAAAUGAUGAUACUGGUCAAGCUGUUCCGCCUAAAUCAUCAUCUUAUUGUGAUACAACUUCCAAUCCUCAAACGCCUGUAAUGGCACCAUUAAAUCUUCCACCUGAAACAUUACAAAUUGAUUUAGCUAGAAUAAUAGCGACAGCUUCAUCAAAUAUUCCUCAACCUGAGAAUAUUAUUGAGAUAUGGUGUGGUGAUCAGUGUCUUGAUCCUAAUAUGAAUUUACGCAGUGCUCGUUAUUUCUAUUGGAAACAGUCAGGUGAUUUGGUGUUAAGUUAUUUAGUUACCAAAGAAAAUAAUACUGGUAACAAUUAUGCUACUACUAAUACUAUUGAUAGUAAUAAUAAUAAUUCUAUUUCAUCAUACUUAAACAACAGUCUACAUAAUCCCACAACUGUUACUUCAAUUACUACUAGUAUUCCUUCUGCUAACAUAAGGAAAGAGGACAAUAUCAACAAUUUCAAUGGGAACGGGACAGAUAGUAACAAUUUGAAGAAUGAGCAUCGAGAAACCACUAGUGUCGCAUCGUCAUCAUCUUCAUCAAUGAGUAUUCAUAAUUGAUGUUAUUAUUAUUAUUGUUAUUAUUAUU